AUGGAGAUUCUCAAUCCAGUUGAGCUGCUGAUGAAGAUUAACCACUACAACAUUAAAUCCCCUUGGGUGCCCACUGAUGGCAAUGCCGGGCUGCUGGCAGAACCCCAGAUCGCCAUGUUCUGUGGCAAACUCAACAUGCACAUGAAUGUGCAGAAUGGAAAGUGGGAGUCAGAUCCAUCAGGGACCAAAACCUGCAUCGGCACCAAGGAGGGCAUCCUGCAGUACUGCCAGGAGGUCUACCCUGAACUGCAGAUCACAAAUGUCGUGGAAGCCAACCAACCAGUGACCAUCCAGAACUGGUGCAAGCGGGGCCGCAAGCAGUGCAAGACCCACACCCACAUCGUGAUUCCCUACCGCUGCUUAG